GGUCGGCGAGCCCGAGCCCUGUUGCAGUCCUGCAAAGUGUGGGUCGAGCUGUCCGCGGCCGGAGCAUGAAGCGGCUCCACCCCCCGGCUGUGCGUGCAGCCCCCGGAGCUGGUGCGCGCCGCCCCGGCUGCUGAGAAGCCCGCGGCCCCCGGAGCGACGGAGCCGCGCCGCCAGGGAUUGAGAGUUCUGAAGGAGGCUGAUGGACUCAGUUGGUAGACUUGCCUGUCUUACCAUGACUGCCCCAAACUCGACUGCUGGAGACCUGGCCCUGGCCCCCCUUGUCACGUGCAAACUCUGCCUGUGUGAACAGUCUCUGGACAAGAUGACCACACUCCAGGAUUGCCGGUGCAUGUUUUGUACAGCUUGCCUGAAACAGUACAUGUUGCUGGCAAUUCGAGAAGGAUGUGGCUCUCCAAUCACGUGUCCUGAUAUGGUGUGCCUAAAUCAGGGGACCCUGCAGGAAGCCGAGAUUUCCUGCCUGAUGCCUGUGGACCAGUUUCAGCUCUAUCAGCGGUUAAAAUUUGAACGAGAAGUUCAUCUGGACCCUUGCCGAACCUGGUGCCCCGUGGCAGACUGUCAGACUGUAUGCCCUGUUGCCCCAAGUGACCCCGGGCAGCCGGUGCUGGUAGAAUGCCCUUUGUGCCACCUGAAAUUCUGCUCCUGUUGCAAGGAGGCCUGGCAUGGGGAUGUCUCCUGCAGAGAUAGCCAGCCCUUCGCCCUGCCCACGGAACGCGGGGCGCUCUUUGGGACAGAUGCCGAAGCCCCCAUUAAGCAGUGCCCCGUGUGCCGGGUGUACAUCGAGCGCAAUGAAGGCUGUGCCCAGAUGAUGUGCAAGAACUGCAAGCACACCUUCUGCUGGUACUGUCUCCAGAACCUGGAUAAUGACAUUUUCCUCAGACAUUAUGACAAAGGGCCAUGCAGGAAUAAGCUGGGCCACUCCAGGGCGUCAGUGAUGUGGAACCGAGCACAGGUGGUGGGGAUUCUUGUGGGAUUGGGCAUCAUUGCCCUGGUGACCUCCCCGCUGCUGCUCCUCGCGUCCCCAUGUAUCAUCUGCUGUGUCUGCAAGUCCUGUCGAAGCAAGAAGAAAAACCACGACCCACCCACCACCUAAAACAUCCAUGUUCCUGUCCACGCGCCACGCAUGUCUGGGUUGUAAUGUGAGACCACACCUCGACGAAGCUCCCCUCUCCUUGGCGAACUUGUUUCCUUCCUCCCGGCCAGACUUUGCAAGUGCCUGCGUCCAGACUUUGAGCUUGCCUGCCCACCUUGAGCCCCCGACGAGGCCGUCUGUUCCCCGCAGACAGAGCCCCAGGUUCCGCAGGCCAGGCCACGGCUGUGGAGCACCGCUGGAGAGUUUGUCGCUGCUGGGGGAGGAGCAAGUAAAUCUUCACUUCAUCGUUCAAAGGAUCUACCUGGACAGUUCAACUUCCGGUCCCAUGGAAGGAACCGAGGGAGCCUUCAGCAGAAUAAACGAGUCACCACAGUUGGUGACAUACACAGCAGCGGAGACGCGAGAGUCUGUUCUGUUGAGUUGAGCCCCAGGAGGAACUUGUGCAGGAGGGUAGUGUCCGCCUGGGACCGGAAGUCUAAGACUAUUGCCAGGGAAAUUCUAAGAGAGCUGGAGCAGGCGGCUGGAAAGCCUCCACUGGCUUCUGAGUGUGCCUCCCCUUCCCAACCUCCCCUUCCAGAUGUGACAGAAGUGGUCCGUUUUUCCUUGUGCGAUCUCAGCUUCAAGCAGGAAGACCUACAGGACAGGGGGAGUUGUCCCGUCCCACUGAAAGGUGGCAGCGUGUCAAACAAGACCGUCUCUUGUAGUAUCUCACCCUUGACUAGUGUCACUCUCAGAAGCGGUCAGCUCUUCUUACAGCCAGUGGCUGUGAUCUACAAGAUUAUCUUCUAUCGAGUCUAGGUAGAAUGGCCGAGGUUCAAAACCUUCAUCUUAGACACCUAGAGCUGUGUGUUCCUGCAGCUGACAAGUUUAGAGCUAGACCUUACUGUCCACACUUGGUGUGAAUAUUAAAAUCCACAUGUACAUCUAGGAUCUAUAUAACUUACGACCUACCUAAAUUUUUCUAUACUUUGGGCCUGCGUGGAUAUACCCAAUAGUAGACACAAAAUAAAUGUUUACUUAAAAGCCUUACUUAAAGCCUAUUUUUUUCUUCUGUGGCAAAUAUGUUUUGUUACAAAUCAACCAAAAGAUUUUUUUUUUUGCAUACUGUAUGUGUAAACUUUGGUUGCAAGCCCCCGACUUACCUGUAGGUAUUGCCUCAUCAGCUAGCUCUUCAAAUACUAUUUAGUAUGAUGUCAUGUCAUCUUGGUUUGUAAAAAUGCUGGUGGAUAAUCAAGUGAAUUACAUGUUUUCAAAGAGUAGUUCUCUUCUUAGUCAAGUUUAUAGUAUUGUGCUUUCAACCCUGUGAAGGCCAUCUGAAUUCUUUCUGAGGGUAUAGGCACUGAUAAAAUGACAAUAAAUAUGUAAGAUAACAUGUAAAUGCUUUAUAUUCAGUCGUUCGCACUUGUAUCAUCUCCUUGUGACUUAUUUUUCACAUAAUACAUUAGCCAGAUUUCGAAUAAACGGGUUUUGAAAAGAAUACUCUCCAACGACAGGAUUACAUACAUAAUUGCCAUUAGCAAUGCAGUCUGGUGCUUUAUGAGAUCUAUAUUAGGUGUUAAUGGAGAACUCUCCUUGAAGCCAGGGAAGUUGUGUCAGGAGUUAUCAGGACCUCUGAUAUUUUCUGAGGUUCCUGGGUAACUAGAUUAUUUAAUUGCUGCUGUCUUAUUAUUAAGAAUGAUGCUUUGCCUAUGUACUAGAAUGUAUUUUAAGUGGGGGAUGUGUAUAUGUAAGGAGCUUUCAUGCAUCCAUCUAUAUUGAUAUCUGAUAUAUGUAUAGUGUGUCCAUUGGUCUCGUCCAUUUUUAUUUACAGUUUGUAUAGCACAUAGAUGAGAACUCUGGGAAAAUUUUGAAUGGCAGCCUACCAAAAACAUUUUUAAGGAUUUAUUAGAAAUUUCUCAGUGUUACCUUUAUUUUCCUCUGAAACUCAGAAUUAUUUCAGUAAAAGAGUCAAUCCCCUCUUCAAUCAAUGUAUUUCAUAUCAGCAUAAAUACAGAUGUAGAUAUUUUUGAAGACUUUGCUUUGUCUUAUACUGCCUCAUUAUUAUAAAGGGCAUUUAUCACUGCUCAGGGGAACCACAGGAAUUCAACUGAAAUUGAAAUUUUUGUAUCAAGAGAGCCUGCAGUGGCAAUGUACUCCUCUAUGUGUAGAUUCUCCAAGCUUUGUUCCACCAUAUUUAAAUAAUUGGGACUGAUGUCAGAUCUUCUAAAAGUGCUGUGCUGUCAGAGCAAAAGGCUCUUGCAUUUGGGACAAAGUCUAAAGAAAACAUCUAUACCCUAGGUCAAAUGUUAAGAACAUGACUUCUCAAAGAGAUACUGUAGCAGUUACCUAGUGGGUACUGUAAUCGCAUCUCUGUACUGUAAACUCCUUAGCUUCCUUUCUGUGUGUCGUGCAGAAAGAGCAGGGGUGAGGAGUUGCGCUGAAUUUAAAUAACGGAGUUAAGCUUUUUCAAGGUGCAAAAGUGCCUGGAAUAUGGUGUCUUCUUUCUGAUAGAGCCAAAUGAAUUGCUUUGUUAGCGCCAAAGGGAAAAAGUUGGUAGGCGAAACCCAGGUUUUUCUCUGGUGCACCAGGGAGAGAGGUGCAAGCCAAUUUAGAGACAUUGUUUACAAAGGGGAGAGCUGACAACUUGGAUAACAAAGACUGAUGUUUUCUUUUCGGAGUAAUUGACCAAUAAAAGUGUUUAAUCUCAGCUCCUUCCUUUGUCAGCUUUAUUUUUUCUGUGUGAUCCUCUUUCUGUAUUAGGAGGGGACAUGUGUCUACAUGGUAAUAAGUGGAUGUUGUGGCAAAAAUCUUCAUGUGUUUACAUGAGUGUAGAACAUUUGACAGAGAAAUAAAAAUCCUCUUUGGUCCCUCCUAAGUAUGUUGUCUUAUUGAGAGAGAGCGAGUGAGCCAGAAAGAGAGAGAGAGAGAGAGAGAGAGAGAGAGAGAGAGAGAGAGA